GAACGCCCCUUCCUAUUGGCUGAGGUCUGCGCAGCGGUCGGGAGCUGCGCACGUAUUCACGGCUUCUCAGGCCUGGCGUCCUGGAGCAGAGAUCCUUCCGCGAACUCUCUGACUCCAUUCUAGGCUCGUGGUGUGCUGCCGAGAUUGAGAGAAAAAUAGUCCCCGUUGGGUGUGCUCCACCUUGUGCAGAACGUGUGGGGGUGCCGGAAGUGCUGUGCACCAGGGCCAGCGCGCACCCAUCUCUGCCAUGGGGCACGUGUGGGGUCCCGGCCGGGGCAGCUCAGCAAUAGGGUUGCCAACCUUUUAAUCACAGAAAAUUGAACUACUCCCCGACCCCCCCUUCGCUAAGGCCCUGCCCCCACUCCAUCCCCCACCCUCGGAGGGGGUGAGGGCUCUGGCAGGGGGUGCAGGCUCCAGGUGGGGCUGGAGAUGAGGGGUUUCAGGUUGAAUGUCAUUGAUUUGGCAGUGAGGUAGUUAAUUUCACAGGUACAGAAAACUUUUCUCAGUGUCACAUGCACAUCAACAGCAAUUUUUCCAGCCACUGACGGAGCUCUUCCUGGUCUCUGAAAAAUAAAUAACGUACAGUGUUUUAAAUAGUGACUAAGUGUGAAUCAAAGUACUGAAAGUCUGUAGAAAAAUGAAUCUCUUUAUGGAGCUUUUGUUGUUUUUACCUAUAAUAAUUUACGCCUACAUAGAGGCUUUUGUGAAGCUUUUCAUUUCUGUGAAGAGGAAGUCUGUCAGUGGAGAGCUUGUUCUCAUUACCGGUGCUGGUCAUGGAAUUGGGAGAGCUACAGCCUAUGAAUUUGCCAAUCGACAAAGCAGAUUGGUUUUAUGGGACAUCAAUAAGCAUGGCGUUGAGGAAACAGCUGCAGAGUGCAGAAGGCUGGGGGCCACAGCUCAUGCUUUUGUGGUGGAUUGCAGUAAAAAGGAGGAAAUCUACAGUGCUGCAGAGAAGGUGAAAAAAGACAUUGGAGAUGUUACCAUCUUGGUGAAUAAUGCAGGAGUGAUUAUAGCUGCCGAUCUGCUGUCAACUCAGGACCAUCAGAUACAAAAAAUGUUCGAGGUCAACAUUCUCGCUCAUUACUGGACUGCAAAAGCAUUUCUGCCAGCUAUGAUGAACAACAACCAUGGCCAUAUUGUCACUGUUGCUUCAGCAGCUGGUCACUUGGCAACUUCUUUCAUGGUGACUUACAGUUCAAGCAAGUUUGCUGCAGUUGGAUUUCAUAAAGCCCUAACACAAGAACUUUCUGCAUUGGGAAAGGAUGGAAUAAAAACAUCAUGCCUUUGUCCUGUUUUUGUAAAUACUGGCUUUGUCAAAAAUCCAAGUAUGAGCUUAAUGAAAGUUUUGGAGCCAGAGAAGGUUGCAAAUAAACUGCUAGAGGGGAUAUUGACCAACCAGAAAAUGAUUUUUGUUCCAUCAUUUCUGAAGAUACAUCUAAUAUUGGAAAAGAUUCUUCCAGAGCAUGCCUUGGCAGCAUUGUACAAGCUGCAGAAUAUUCAAUUUGAUGCAGUUGUUGGAUACAGAAACAGGGUCAUAAGUGAUUAGGUCAUCACCCUCCCCCUCAAACCGCACAGGCUGCAGAUGAUUCAUGUUUUGAGUUCAGAUCAAUUAUUCAAUAUUUUGAUUCAUUCAGAGAAAAAAUGGAAGACUAUCACUUGCCUUCCCACAGCAGCGACACUUGAUAAACACUGCUCUGAGCAUCAAUGAAUUUCUGCAGGUAGCUGGCUGGCUGAGUUCCUAUUACAAUGAUUAUUUUAAUGCUUCUGGGAUUUGCUAGUAUUGUGUAAUUAACUGAAUAUGUUAUGGUGCUAAGAGCUUUAGGUGGAAAUCUUUUUAUCAUUUUAAAUCUAAAAAAUAAAAUAGACAUGCACACAUGGAUUUGUGUAUGUGACAACAGAC